GGGCAGUUCGAGUCCAAGGGGGCGCAGCCCAAGACCAAGGGGGGCCACCAGCAGCCCCUCGUGGGGGAGACCUUCUGCCUCUCCUGUCAGCCCCAGGCCAUGACGUUCUCCCAGGCCUGGAAUAUCAAGGCCCCCAAACCUGGAGACAGGGACUACAUCGGAUUUGCGACUCUUCCGGAGCAGAUCCACCGGAAGUCUGUCAAGAGAGGAUUCGACUUCACCCUGAUGGUCAUCGGAGAGUCUGGUCUUGGCAAGUCGACCCUGGUCAACUCCCUUUUCCUGAGUGAUCUGUACAAGGACCGCAUCAUACCCGAUGUGCAGGAUAAGAUGGAACAGACGACUAAAAUCGAAAAGAAGACUAUGGAUAUUGAGGAAAGAGGUGUUAAACUUCGACUGACUGUAGUUGAUACUCCAGGCUUUGGUGAUGCCCUUAAUUCAGAAGAAAGCUGGAAAGUGUGCGUGAACUAUAUAGACGACCAGUUUAGACAAUAUUUUACUGAUGAGAGCGGACUGAAUCGCAAGAAUAUUCAAGAUAACAGGGUUCAUUGUUGUUUAUACUUCAUCCCACCGUAUGGCCAUGGAUUGAGGCAGAUUGAUAUUGAGACCAUGAAAAGAUUACACCAGAAAGUGAACAUCGUUCCAGUCAUAGCUAAAGCAGACACUCUCACAGGUCCUGAAGUCUGGAAGUUGAAGCAGAGAAUACUUGCUGAUAUCGAAGAACAUCAAAUCCAGAUAUAUCAGUUUCCUGAAUGUGAUAGCGAUGAAGAUGAGGAAUUUCAACAACAGGACCGAGAACUAAAAGCUGCAGUUCCCUUUUCAGUGAUCGGAAGUAACACCGUAAUCGAAGUUGGCGGUACAAGAGUGCGUGGGAGGCAAUACCCUUGGGGAGUUGUUGAAGUUGAAAAUCCUAAACAUAGUGAUUUCAACAAGUUGAGGAAUAUGUUGAUUACAACGCAUAUGCAAGAUCUGAAGGACGUCACUGAGGAUGUGCACUAUGAAAAUUUUAGAGCUCAAUGUAUUUCUCAGUUGUCCCACCAAGCUCAGAGAGAAAGGAGCAAACUGAAACGUGAUUCUGUCAUACCACCAUCUGAUGGAAAUUUCACCGAGACUGACAGAUUACUCUUACAGAAAGAUGAAGAGAUUCGGAGAAUGCAAGACAUGCUUGCUCAGAUGCAGGAAAAACUUAAAGCUACUAAUCAUAGUAAUGAUAACAUAGUGAAUAUAUAAACCUGCCAAUUUAUUAAUUCUGAAAUUAAAUUUAGCUAAACUUAUGAAUGUGUUCAAAGAAAAAUCUGUUAACAAUUCUAUAGAAAAUUACUCGGAGAAAUAGUAUUGUCUAAUAGUGAAAAUAAUUAGUAAAUAUUAAUUAUUUAUUUAUUUAGUGUCCAGAACAUAAUAUGUAAAACAUAAUUUGUUUUGAUUUUUCAUUUUGUUUUCCGACAUUUUUUUUAUUUUUCUUCUACCUCAAAGAACCAAAGACGGCUCUUGAAAAAAUAAGGCUCUUUAGUUGACAUAAUCAUUAUGAUGUAAAUCAUGUUAUGUUUUCUUUUGUAUAUUAUGUAUUUAUACUGUUAUAAGUUAUUAUUUUUUUAAUUUAAUUUUUUUUAAAGUAUAUUUAGUCUUUUAUAUAGUUGUUUCUUCUUAUAAAAAAAAAAAAAAUGUUUUACUAAAAGCAUUAGUGCAAUAUUGUUAUCUUGAUUUAAAAUCAAAGUUAGAGCAUGUUAAAAUAUAUUACUUAAUUUUUCAUUAUGACAAAUAAUAAUAAUAAUAAUUACUCAUUUAACGUUGUUUGUAAAUUUAUCUUUGUAAACUUUUUAAAAGUUUAUAUUAUUUAGUAAAAAUUGUUUGAUGGUUCAGCCUUUUAAGAGUGACCAUUACACAGCAUGUAUGUUUACGCACAAUUGAGAUGGAAGGGGUCAAUUAAAAUUGACUCGAGUACAAAUUUUUAGAGUAAUUUCAUGAUGUGAGAAUAUGCCAGUUUUAGGUAAUCUUUAUUAACAAAAAUUUCUGUAGUUAUAUAUUGUAUUUAUAUGUAUAUUUGUUAUAAAACUUUUAUAUAUAAUAAAUAAAAUUAAAAUAUAUUCG